CGACUGCCUGUAUUCAGAACUCAAGGAACAAGCAGUUUGCUACUUCUAUUUAGCGAAGUAAUAGCGAAGCAUCGUUGCUUAAACUUUUGUGGUGUAUCACAUUUAAAAGUUGUUGCCUGUUUCGUUCGCUUGACCGUACAGUUAUUAGGCUGUUUUUUCUCUAAAAUAUUCAUCAUUAGUACGAAACUUUUAUGGCAACAUCCUUAAGAGACGAUGAGCUGCGGAGGGAACUCAAGGCUUUGGGCUUUGAUCCAGGUCCAAUAACGGCAACUACGAGGUCUGUUUAUAUAAAAAAACUUGAAAAGCUCCAAAAGGAGAAGUCAUUCACUGUGGGUAUUUCGACAAAAGAAGCGUCAGAAACACCUAAACAAAUACCUAAGUCACGCAAAUCAACUGGGACUAUAAAUUCAAGCUCUUUAGGAACAGAAGGUUCCAGUGUAAUCAGUCGUAAGCAUACAACUAUUGAAUCGAACCAUGACAUAGGAACAGAGAAUAAACACUUUCCCAGUAAACAAUAUUCAAAAUCCAAGCCAUCUCUUACCGGACAUCAUGUGGAUUUAUCUGAACCUUACACUGACAUACUUCCGAGCUUAAUCCCAAUAGGAGCAUCUCAAGCGGAACCCGUGAAUAAGUUUCGUAACGAUUCUGAUAUGAUCACUUCAGUUUCUUCACAUACGCAGUAUCCUGCACAAAGAUUUUCACGUGACCUCAAUCAGAGCUCAGUUGAUUAUACACCCACCAGGAAAACGUAUAUUUAUAUUAAGGAUGAUUCUGUAGACGAUGAUACAGAUGAGGAAUUAUCAAAACCAAGUUCGAUGUCAUCCACCUUGUCCAGAGUUACUGGUUGGCUCAAUCGGAGUGCCCAUGAAUUUACGAAACCUAGGUCUCCAAGGGAUGAGUCUGUUUAUGCAAAAUCCAAACUUAGUGUUCGUCGUUCCUCACACAGCAAUGAUCGUUUACAAAUAUCAGAUACAGAUAGUUCUGAUAUAGAAAAGUCCACUCAGAGCCCUUUCUUCAAGAGAUUAUAUUCCUCUCCGUUCAGGAACAUGAAAUCGCGAGAUACUGGAAUCACAACGUCUCCUGGUCUUCUCUUCACUCCACCAUCUAGGAAUCUUGAUAAGCCGACAUAUCACGGUGUUUCUAUUUUAUCUGAAGAUACUGAUUUCAAUGAUCUUGUUCGUAGCCGAAAGCAGCGUGAUCAAAAGAACAGCUUUUCAAAUUAUUUCUUAUUUGGGAAGCAUUUCCCUUGCAGUGUCUCAAAUAUCCCUAAUUUGAUUCUUAUUUCAAGCAUAAUCGUGUGUUUUAUGUUAGUUGCAAGUUAUUUAUUCUUGAAGGAUCACCAUGGAGAAGUUGGUAAAAUGGCAGAUGUACAGAAGUUACUUUGUCGAUCUCCAGGCGACUACAAUAAUAGUCUUACAAAAGGCUUACAUCGCUGCCUACAUGAAGAUGAUCUAACUGCAUCCUUAUGGGUUCUUGGGAUUUUAUAUGAUAUUCUCAGUCGUUACGCUGGAGAGUUUUACUGUAAAGUUGGAGUUUUAACUAGUCCUCGUCUAGAUGUAUCUUCUGCUGAACGUUUAGUUGAGCACAGCUUACAAAUGAAAGGCUGGCCAACAUUUCCGAAAACUGAUUUUCGUCGGGCGUGGGAUAAUACACUUUAUGUGCUACUUCAUGUUGGGAAGACACAUUUUAGUCUUGUUGCUGUUGACGUUAGCAAAUCUGAACUAGGACCGCUCAAUCGAGUAAUCCAAAUAACUGAACUUGAAAGUCUUAAACCAUAUUUUCCUGGCGUUUGUCGACUCCGACGGUGUUUUCAAUGGUUUGCUGGUGUAUGCGUAACUUUUUUCUGGAUCGUAUUAGUUUGUGUGAUUAUUUUGGGGGUUUGUUAUGGAGUUUAUCUACUUCGCUCUAGAAAAUUACGCGCAUUAGAACGUCAAAACUGUCGAGUAAGAGAACUGGUGGCAGAAGUUGUAUACUUGCUACAAGAUCAGUUACGAGAAAAUGAAGCCAGUGCUAAUCAGCCUCCUUAUGUUCCUGUCUAUAUGAUACGUGACCGCUUGCGUCAAAAACAUCACGACUUAGAUCGGUUGUGGCCUGAAGUUACGCGUUAUGUUUAUGAAGUAGAAACUUGUAUCGGUGUACAAGAAUGGAGAGGUGUAGGUGAAACAUGGCAGUGGCAAAGCGGCACAGGUUGGCAAGGUUCUGCACUUAUGGACACGUCACAGAAGCCAAGUUUUAUUGUUCCCCCAACGGAGUGCUUGAAAAUAAGGAAUAUGUUUUCUACUGAAAGUAUCGAUGAACGUGGACGUAAAAGAAUCAAACGCGAACUCUUAAAAAAAUUAAUGCCUUGUGGGUCCAUUUUACACAUAGGUUUAGAUAGUGUUGGAAUAAAUGGAUUGGUGUAUGUAAAGUGUGCAGAUCCGGAAACUGCAGGUCGCGUUUUCCACUCGAUACAUGCUAAUUAUUUUGAUGGUCGUUUGUUGACUGUAAAGUUCUUACGGGAUAAUAAAUAUUGUUUACGCUUCCCUGAGGCUCAUAGUAUAAAACAGCCACUUCAAAUAGAAGAUUUCGAAUGAAUAAUCAGUAGUUGUGUGUAUUACAAAUUGUUAAAAAGAUGUGUUGUACUAUAAUCCUAC